AUGAGUUACUACAUGGAUCCAGUUUCUUCCUACCCGGCCCUUCACCCCUGUGACCGUCUGGGCGCAAUGAGGCAUAGUGGUGGUGUGGCAGUGGGUCCUCAGAGCCACCUUCCAGGUGUGGUUCACCCUCAGCAGCAGUACUACCCAUCACAGCCCCUCUACAUCCAGGACAUCCCCCUGCAGGAGGUGCCCAACGGACACGACCUGAGCCCCACAGAUCCGGAGUGUGGAGAUGUCCCCCUGUUAACUCCAGGAAGUAAAGAGAUGAUGUCCCAGGCUCUGAAGGCCACCUUCAGUGGCUUCACAAAGGAACAGCAACGACUGGGUAUUCCCAAAGAUCCCAGACAGUGGACAGAAAACCACGUGGCUGAGUGGCUAACGUGGACAGUGAACGAGUUCAGUCUGAAGAAUGUGGAUUUUGACAAGUUCUGCAUGAACGGAGCCAGUUUGUGCGCGAUGGGGAAGGAGCGUUUCCUGGACUUAGCACCUGACUUUGUGGGUGACAUCCUUUGGGAACAUUUAGAAAUGCUUCAGAAAGAGGAUGCAAAGCAUUACCCCAUCAAUGGACUGACCUCCAACUUCCAGGAAUCCCGUUAUACCUCAGACUACUUUGUCAGCUACGGUGUCGAGCAUGCUCAAUGUGUCCCUCCUUCUGAAUACUCAGAGCCCGGCUUCAUCACGGAGUCUUACCAGACACUUCAUCCCAUCAGCUCGGAGGAAUUGCUGACGCUCAAGUAUGAGAGUGAAUACCCCGCUGUCAUCCUACGGGACACGCCCCUCAACCCGCUGCAGGGGGACUACUUUACUGUCAAACAGGAGGUGGUGUCCCCGGACAACAUGUGCGUGGGACGCCUCAGCAGAGGUAAGCUCGGUGGUCAGGACUCCUUUGAGAGCAUCGAGAGCUUUGAAAGCUGCGACAGACUGACCCAGUCGUGGAGCAGCCAGUCCUCGUUCAGCAGCCUGCAGCGGGUACCUUCGUACGACAGCUUCGACUCAGAAGACUACCCCACUGCCUUGCAUAGCCACAAGCCCAAGGGCACUUUCAAAGACUACGUGAGGGAGCGCGCAGACCUCAGCAAGGAUAAACCCGUCAUCCCAGCGGCGGCACUUGCAGGAUACACGGGCAGCGGCCCCAUCCAGCUGUGGCAGUUUCUCCUGGAGCUGCUGACCGACAAGUCUUGCCAGUCCUUCAUCAGCUGGACAGGCGACGGCUGGGAGUUCAAGCUUUCUGACCCAGAUGAGGUUGCUCGGAGGUGGGGCAAGAGGAAAAACAAGCCCAAGAUGAACUAUGAGAAGCUGAGCCGUGGCCUACGCUACUACUAUGACAAGAACAUCAUCCAUAAGACAUCGGGGAAACGCUACGUCUACCGCUUUGUCUGUGACUUAAAAAGCCUGCUGGGGUACACUCCCGAGGAGCUCCACGCAAUGUUGGACGUAAAGCCCGAUACAGACGAGUGAAAGCAAAGAAGAAACGGGAAGGGAAGACAAAAGUAGAGGAGACGCAAGGACUGGGGGCUCAUAAAGUGGUCUUAACUGUUUUCAUAGAGUCGGUAAACCGUUUUUUUGGGGACCAAAAAUGUUUUUAAUGACUAACUGUGGUCUCUGUCAACUUCAAGUUCCUGUCUCUCAGACUACGUUUCAAAAAGAAGGCACAAGCCAAAAGCCUGUAUUCAUACCCUGUUGCAUUUGAGAUGUGUGUGCGCGCAUGUGUGUAUGUGAGCGUGCGUAUGUGUGAUUAUGUACCGGUAUUAUUUAGCAGCUCAAGGCAGAUGGAGCGCUUUCAGGUAGAGUUCAGGUUACGUUCUGCCUAAGUAGCACAGGGGGGAGGGGGAGAGGGGGGGGGGGGGGGGUAGGGGGGGACGAGAGUACCAAGACAGGAAAGUCUGAGACAACCGAGAGAGAGAGAGAGGGAAAGAGCAAAAAAAUAAUUGAUUCAUUUCAUUAUUGGGGAAGAGCGGGCGGUAGGUUCCCGCUGAGAAAAAGAAAAAGGGUUGCCAAAACAUAAACAUCAAACUAAGGAAGGUAUAAUGACAUAUUUACAUACAUGCUCAGUCUUCUCUUCGGCAAAGAGAGAAUGUUCAGCUUGGACCAAAAAAAAGCGUCGUUUCUAAUUUGUUGUUUGAGGAGCGUAUGCUUGUGCCAGUAUUAUAUUAGUGAUGUUGGGAACACCCCGUGUUAACCUACCUAGGCAUACAUCGGAAAGAGUAUUUUCUUACGUUGUCAAUGAAGAUAUUACAGUGGAUUCUGUUCUGAUCUCUGUCGGAGCCUUUAACUGAAAUGUGCUGACUUGGUAUCAGACAACACUACAGACACUGGCCCUGUGCUCUGUAGGGUUUGCGAACCUGGUGAGAUUACUCAUAGCAAGAGCGUCUGAUAGACAGACAACUGAAAGUAGCCGUUGCAUUUGAAACUGACACCUUUUACCUUUUUACAUACAUAUUUGCCACCUUGUUAGAGACACGUAUUAUGACUGAAACUUAUGCAUUUUUGUUUUUUGCAUAUACCACCAGUAUUAGCAAACUGUAGACAAUCUAUGUGGGGAAUUCAGGAGUCUUUGGUAAGAAGUGUUGUUUAAUGUGCACACUAGAUGCAUUAUUUGUCGGUUCACUGUCCAUGUUAGCGAUGCUUUAGAAGUGUUUGAAAAAGUCUUAUGUCUGUCUGUCUGUCUAUACAAUAAAAUCACACGGUGAAAUAGUUGAGGGAGUGAUUUUACAAAAUCCUAAGAAUGUCCGAAUAUUUGUUUUGUUUUUUGUUUUUGUAACGUCGUGCAUUUUUUGGCCAUAAGGAAGCAGAUGCAGUAUGUGAAGGUACAGUGUAGGAAAAAGGGACAGGCAAUAGAACAAUGUUGAGCAGAGAGGAUAUGAAGUUGUGCGGGAUAGAUGAAGGUGACUGAAAGGAAUCUGUGGAUACUUGUAAAGGUCUGAAAGAUGAAAGACUGCCGCUUGGAAGUUUGCAUUACAUGGGGUGGUGUGCUUCAUUUUCCACUAUCAUGGUGGUUGGAUGCAUGAAUGCAACCUCAUUGCAAAGAGAGGCAUUUAGGAGUAGUGGCAGACAUUUGUAUCUAAUGUUUUUAGGUUGUAUGAUUCCACCCAUACUUGUGCAUAAAGAUUGAACUGGUUACAUUUGAGCAGAUUUGGCAGCAGUUUCCUCCCCCAACAGUGGGAACAGUGGCUGUACACUGGCCUUAUGGGAAAUGCCAAAGUUGAAUAUCAUCUUAGAAAUACAAUGUUAUUGUUUACAGUGGCUGAAUGUUACCCAUAUGGAUGAAAAUAGCUUUUUUUUUUUGAGAUGUCUAUUUGUACAGAUUGUAUUUCAUAAUGCUUUAUUGAGACCCAGAUUACACAAAUAAGCAAGAGACAAAGCAGGAAUAAUAACCAAAACCCUUGUGAGGUCUUUGGUCACGGUGCUUUCGGGUAUCCUCCACAAUGUCAGAAGACAGGGACCAGAAAGAAGUGUUGACUUUUCUUUUAUCUUUUUGUUAAUAUGUUGGAAAGCACACGAGCUUUAGGACAAAGAGACAAAAAAAAGCCUUUUGCUGAUCCAGGUUUCCCACUGAGAUGCUGGAUAUGUUCAUAAUAUUUAAUUGGUAACAAGCUUGUCCGCCAUCAUCAAGCACUGAGUCACAAACCUCUCACCCACGCUCGUCAUCUAGUAAUUCAACAACUUAAUUGGUAAUAAGCUGCACUGUACUUUCAUUCUUCUCUGCAUGUUGAUGUCAAGGUUUCAAAAACACCAGUUUUUGUUCAGGUUAUUUUUUACGAUAUCAGUGUUUUAUGCUGGAGAGCAUUACAGAUGUUUAAACGCAGCUGUAAUGGUUGUCAGUGCGCUGGAGAAAGUGAACUCUUCCCCCCCCCCCCCCCCCCCGCUAAAGGUCAUAUUGUCAGUAUAGGUUGGCCUCACAAGAUUAAUAAAAGAAAACAUUCUGUUCCCUAAAAUGUUACUAUUUUGAAAGUUAUUUUGUCAGGACAAUAUACUAAUUGUCAAAUGUCACAGAUUACAAUCUACUGCAGGUUUUAUGUAUUAAUGAACCUUAGUCGGGCGAGUGUAUACACACACCAGUAGUUUGUGGCGUAUGCAUAUCUCAGAAUGGAUUCAGAAGGAAAACCUUGUUUUGUUUUGGAUGUUGUUGUUUUUUUCUGUAUAUUUUAUAGUGUCUCUGUAUUUUUGUUAUGAGAUCAUUUUUAUUGUAUUUAGUUCACAAACAUUUGAAUAUUUUUCAAUAAUUUAUAUUUUAUAAAAGACAAGAGAUGCAGACAGCUGGUGCUUUCAUGGGAAUUUAAAGGUAGCGCAGGACAAAAUAAUGUAGCGAUUUGUUUUGUUUUUGUUUUUUAUUCAUUUUUUAUAUAUAGAAAAAUACGACCUGUCUGCUAGAGAAAAAAGGCUGAUGCUGGCCCAUCAAUGAUUUCUGCUGGAAAGGUUUUAUAAACUGUAGCUUCUAUUUCUAAAAUGUACUUAAUGUACUGCAAAAUGUUAUAAAAUAUAUGUGAACAAAGAUUU